ACAUAUCUUUUAAUUCCCUUAGUACCCAAAAAUACACUCAACAACUGAACAUCCACAGCUCUCUAUUCUGAGGGUAACCCCAUGUUCUAGAUUGCCCAGCUUGGGGAAACAGUUUCUCUGCAUCUAUCCUAUCAAGUCCCUUAAGAAUUUUAUAUGAUUCAAUUAGAUUACUCUGAUUCUUGUUAACUCUAGGAAAUAUAGGUCUAGUUUACUCAUUUUCUCCUCAUAAGCAAUCCCUCAUCCUACUAACUCUUGUCACUUAAUCUCUCUUGUGUUUCAUUCUGUUGCUGACCUUUUUGUUCUUUUUCCAAGCUUUCUCCACCCAUCCCUUCACUUGUUUAAUAUCUCUUACAUUCUAAUUUUUUCCAUUUCUGAUGAAAAGUCAUUGACCUAAACUGUUAACUCUGUUUCAGUCUCCAUAGAUACUGCCUGACCUGCUAAGUAUUUCCAGCCAUUUCUAUUUAUUUUGCCACUCAUCCCAGGAGCCAGUCUCGUGUAUGUUUGUUGUACUCCCUUUAGGUCAAAUAUAUCCUUCUUCAGGAGACCAAAACUCCACGCUGCUCCAGGCAGCUUGGUCACAUGAUCAAAAAAAUCAAAGAACAUGAAUACUAAUAUGGAAGCAAGCUGCAAUUUAUCAGAAAUCUUUCAGAGAACAUGGACCAUCCCAGUGGAUUGACUUUGGGGAGUCAGGAGGGUACCAACAUAUCCGAAUGUAUGACCUGAAUUCCAACAACCCAAACCCAGUCAUCAACUACGAUGGGGUCAGCAAAAACAUCACCUCAGUGGGGUUUCAUGAGGACGGGCGUUGGAUGUACACUGGUGGGGAGGACUGCAUGGCCCGGAUCUGGGAUCUCAGGUCACGUAACUUGCAGUGUCAAAGAAUCUUCCAGGUCAAUGCUCCUAUCAAUUGUGUCUGCCUGCAUCCCAAUCAGGCGGAGCUGAUUGUUGGUGAUCAGAGUGGAGCCAUUCACAUCUGGGAUCUGAAAACUGACCACAACGAGCAGCUGAUUCCUGAGCCAGAUGUUUCAGUCAAUGCAGUGCACAUUGAUCCAGAUGCAAGCUACAUGGCAGCAAUCAAUAGUUCGGGUAAUUGCUAUGUGUGGAACCUGACAGGAGGGAUUGGCGACGAUGUCACCCAGCUUAUUCCCAAGACUAAAAUCCCAGCUCACAAACGCUAUGCUCUGCGCUGCAAGUUCAGCCCUGAUUCCACACUUCUUGCUACAUGCUCAGCUGACCAGACCUGUAAGAUAUGGAGGACUUCAAACUUCUCGCUGAUGACAGAGCUUAGUAUCAAGAGCAACAAUCCAGGAGAGACAUCACGGGGCUGGAUGUGGGACUGUGCAUUCUCUGGCGAUUCACAGUAUAUUGUCACAGCCUCUUCAGAUAACCUUGCGCGGUUGUGGUGUGUGGAGACUGGUGAAAUUAAACGGGAGUACAGUGGCCAUCAGAAAGCAGUCGUAUGCCUGGCCUUCAAUGACAGCGUGCUGGGCUGAAGAUUUCCAUAAGAAGCUUGCCCCCUCUGCUCUUUCACCCUUCCAUCCCUUUCUUCGCCCCAUUCCCAUUCCAAGCUCUUGUUGAAAUUGCUCCCAGCCAGAUUAGUUUUUUGAAGCCUCUAUGAAAAGACAAAAUCAAUUCAAGUUGCUGAGGGCUGGAACAUUUCUUUGUGGACAUUUGGCAGGCUCAACCAUCACAUGACAUGUGAGGUUGUAACUCAUGGCCUGGUAAGCCUCAGUUCUGACACCAAGAUUUCAGUAAAGCGCAGAGCUGGGUGAAAUUUUCAUAUCUUGUCCACCUGAACUGUGGAAAAAGUGCCCAACAGCAUAAUUCUAGAUUCUGUACUUCCAAACUUGGACCAUCUGAAGUAUAUAAUGAACUUUCUUAUAUUGGACUGAGGUAUUGGUAAGUACAAUUUUAUUGCUGGUGGUGACGAUGUGACUAUUUUGAGGUUAUAAGUUAAGGAUAUCUUGAGCAAUGUUAAAAUGUAAGCUCUCUGUUGUUACUUUUCCUGCUAUGUACUAGUAUUGAUCCAGGAGAACGUUUGUGCCAGCGCCAGAACCACAUAUCAAUUUGCACAGUGAGACAAUAUGGACCAAUGAUUUUACAAUGCAGUCAGUGAGUGCCUGAAUCAUUAAUCUGCUGAGUAAAAUCAUUAAAAUUGCGCACAAAUAUAAAUUAUUUCUACACCUGA